AUGGCGAACGAGGUUGACUUCGCUUUUCAAGGCGACGUCAUCAACUUGGGAUCUCUGACGCACAUGCUGACAGGUCGCGUGCUGAAGGCACUCAGCGAUGGCAAAGUCGACAUCUACGCCGUUGGUGCCGCAUUCUGGCUGGGAGCUAGAGUUCCCAUCCGGUCAUCUCUCGCAGACACAGUCCACGCACAUGUUGCACAAAGGCGUGGGUACCAGUCGGUCUUGUCGAAGGCACUUAGUAUUGGCUGGGGCCAUUCAACCCCAGUGGUCGAGAUGACACGCACACGGGCUGGGACGAAUGCCCUGCUACUUGUCGGGGCGCUUGGAACUGGCGCAACGCCUUUCCAAGCUGCUCAAUGCCUCUCGGAGUUGCUGGCGGUCUUUGGUAUCAGUCUAGAGAGGCUACCAAGCGUCGACGUGUUGAAGGAGCUUGUUGCCUACUUGACGCCUUUUGUCUACGAUCUCGGCUUUUCGAAAGUUCUUCAACACAUCACGGACGUGGUAGAGGGGUCCUUAGAGGCCGAAAUCCUUUCUCAGUCUAAAGGUGACAGAGACAGAAAACCUAACCGACAGCCCCUCUGGGAGUUGAGACAUCUAGGUUCAGGAUCUGCUCUGGCUGGAGCUAUCAAGCAGCUACUCCACACGUCUCAGAAUCGACAAGAGCACUACAUGAUUUUGGAGAUGCGUGGGUCCUGGCUUCCCGCUUUUGCGAGUCACUUACUGGGCAUGUCAGUUGAGCUACGAUGCAAUGAGAAAUUGCUAUGGGCAUGCGGAGGCGAUAAAGGAGGUGUUGUUUUCCAGUUGGGAACACAUCCGAUGGAGAAAUUUUCAAUCCAGCCUUCGGAUAAGCCUCAAAUUCGGAUUGCAAGCCCCGAGACUAUCAACGACGAUACCGUUCUGGCAAUCAAUUAUUUGAUAGGAGAUGCCGUGGAGGGUAUUCUGGCGAAGCGGCCCCAAAUGGACUCAGACAUAACCGAUGCAGUUCACGCCGCAAUUCGGAGAAUGUCAAAACAGAUGUUGGCCAGUAUGGUCAUCAUGCCAGACAGAUCAUGGGCAACUGAAUCAACCAAGCCAUACAGGACCACGGGGGAUUUCAACAAUGCUCAGAGCUUGGAGCAGGUUCUCGGUGUACUGCGGAUCAAGGCACUUACACGCACGACCGCCGACAUCGAUAUCGAGAUUGAUACUGAAACCAUCGGCAUCACCGGAAAGAACUCCAUAUCCGUCUGUGCAGUCGCAUGA